AUGGAUUGCAUGAGGCUGGAGCCAGCCAUUUGCCAUAUCCAGGCACCUUAUGAGCGCGAGCCACGCCCGCUGACGGUGGUUUGGCUAAUGACGGAGGGGAGGAUCGUUUCGGAGCAUUAUGAACUAACGUCGGCCGAUUGGCCCGCGGACCAAUCGCGGUCGCAGAAGUCUGUGGCUUGUCCCGCCCCAGCAAUCUAUUUGGCUAGAAUUGAGGGGCGGUUCGGAGAAAAAGCCGAGCCAGCCGAGCGCUCAUCAACCUCCUAA